AUGUCAUAAUUUAUAGAUUAAGAAAUAAAUGGUUAUAAAGUUUAGAAAGCAAUAGGUGAAGGCAAAUUCUCAACAGUAUAUAAAGCAAUGAAUUAAGAAGGGAAUGUAAUUGCAUUAAAGAAGAUUAAAGUAAGAGAGUUAUUAAAAAAUAACUAAAGAUAUUUGAUAUGAUGGAUCCAAAAUAGAGAGAGAAAUGUUUAAAAGAAGUAAAAUUAAUGUAACCCUUGGAUCAUGAAAACAUAAUUAAAUAUUUAGAUUCAUUUCUAUACAAUAAUGAAUUAAUUAUUGCAACUGAAUGGGCUGAGAAAGGAGAUCUAAAAAAACUUAUCAGAAGUGCUUAAGCUGAUGAUACUCCAUUUGAAGAAAUUUAAAUUUGGAAUUAUGUACUAUAAAUAGCAAGUGCUUUAUCACAUAUGCAUGAAAAAAGAAUUAUGCAUAGAGAUUUAAAACCUGCUAAUAUUUUUAUAGCUGCAGAUGGAACAUUAAAAAUAGGAGAUUUAGGACUUGGUAGAAUAUUUUCAUCUGAAACUAUAGAAGCUUAUUCUAAAGUUGGUACACCACUUUACAUGUCACCUGAGGUAAAUAUUCCAUUUAAAAGAAGAGCUCCUCCAUGGAGAAGGCUAUGAUAUGAAAUCAGACAUUUGGUCAUUAGGAUGUAUUUCAUAUGAAAUGGCUGAAUUUAAAAAUCCCUUUAAAUAAAAUGAUAAAAUGUCAUUAGUAGACUUAUUCAACAAUAUUACUAAAGGUGAAUUUAAACCAGUAUCUAAUCGUUAUAGUUAAUAAUUAAGAACACUUAUUUAAAAUAUGAUUGUAGUUGAUCCAAUUAAAAGAUUAGAUGCUCAUAAUGUUAUAAAAAAAGCUUAAGAAAUGUUCUCAUCAUAUUCUGAUACUAGUAAAACACCUUAAAUAAUUAAUGUUUUAGUUAUGGAAGUAAAAUAUAAUUAUUAAAUUAAGGAUAUUUAUGAAAAGUUAUCUUUAGUUUAAUAUCAUUAAAACUUUUGUGCCCCUUUAAAAAAAUAACCUAUAUCAAAAUAUUUUUUUUCUUUAGAUGAAAAUGUAAACUCGUCUUUCCGAUUUUAUUAUUUUGUUGAUUUAUGCAAUUGGUUAAUGAAUUUACCGAAAUAAAAAAAAAAUAAAUUGGCAUAACCCAUAAAACAUAGUAAUAAUUUAGAAGAUACAGCAAGAAAACUUUUAUAAGAUAUUAAAGCUUGGGGUAUCAAAUUACCUGAAUAACUUGGUUCUCCUCAUAUUUCAUCUGGUUGUGGAGAUAUGGUUUGUUUUAUUCUUAAUGAUUUACUUAAUAGAGAAUUAAUUAGAGUUAAUUUUAAAUUUUAAAUGCCAAUUUUUUAGAAUGAAGACUUCAAUUCUAAUUUUCAAUAAUCUUAAUAAAAUGAUGAAUAAGAUUUUCCUGAAGAAUAAAUGGAAGAUGAACAAUAUGAAGUUGAAUAAGAUGAACUUACUUAGAGUAUACUAUAUUAUCAAAAGAAAUUUAAAACAGAAUAGAAUGAUUUUCAUUCAGUUCCUAAAGAUAGAUCAAUUAUCUAAACUAAUGUUGCCAUUAAUGAAUGGAUAAAUGAGUAUAAUCGAGUUGAAUAAGAACUCAAUAAAUUUGAAACUCAUCUCAAAACAACCAAGACAUAUCUUAAAGAUUAUCAAAGAACUAUGAAACAUUUCAAAUAAUCUUCAAAGGUAAAUUCAUUCCAAAUAGCAAUAGCAAUUUACUUUCGCAUCGUAGUAUUUCAAAUCAAAUUAAGUUCAAGAAAUUCAAUAAUAAUGGAUUAAUUAUCUCGAAUUAAUACCUAAAUUAGAGACUUAAUUUACUAAUUCAAUUUAACCUGAACUUUAAGAAUAAUUGGUAAAUAAUAAAAAUUCUAUUACAGAAUUUUAAAUUCAAAUCAACGCAUUAAAUAAAUCUAAUUGCUUUAAAUUAGAACAUGAUUAAUAAUUAAAUCAAUAAUUACUAAUUGUUUAACAAUAGACUCCAAUCUCAAAUGAUUAUAGACCAAGAUAAAAGUAAAUUAUCAAUUAACUAAAAGUAUUACUAUUAUUAUUAUUUUUUAUAGGAUGAUAUCAAAAAUAUGGAUGUGAAAAUUGGCAUUCUAUAAACCUAAUUGAAUAAUAAAUAGUAUUUCUAAAAUAUUGAACAGCUAUCAGAUCAAGAAGAUUUUUGA